ACUAAAAGCAUUAUGAACUAUAUCUGUCUAUAUACAGAAUAUGCACAAAAUUCUUCACAGUCACAAAGUAAUUAAAAUAUUAAAGGGAUAUUUCACCUAAAAAAACAUUCUGUUAUCAUUUGUUCCCCCUCGUGUUGUUCAACCCUGUAUUACUUUCUUCUGUGGAACACAAAAUGUUGUAGAAAAAAAAUGUUGUGUUAGGCAGAAUGGCAGCUUCAGCAUUCACUUUCAUUGCGGAAUAAAGAUGCAAUGAAAAUUAAUAGUGACUGACACGAACAAAUUACCUAAUAUCUUCUUUGUGUUCCAAGAAAGAAAGAAAGUCACAUGGGUUUGGAACAAUAUGAGGGUGAGUAAAUGAUUACAGAAUUUUCAAUUUUGGGAGAAUUAUCCCUUUGACAAUUUCUAUAGCUGUUUAAUUGCCUAAAUUUUUUGUUUCAUCCCAUUUAGCAUUUCUGUAUUGAUAUUCAGUACUUAUUGAGAGUAAUGUUCUUCUUUUGCACAGGUCUUUGCACUAUGGUGGCCGUAUCUUUGUAGGCUGCAUGGGUGGUUAAAGAAUUUAAUGACCCAUUCUAUGGUGGCAUCAAGUGAGAAAACUCACAAACAUAUUCUCAAGCACAUACUUCCACUAAUCAUUCAUCUGUGUUUGCAGGUUUGAGCUGGGUUCUGGUCUUUACAUAGGUUGGGCUGGUGCAGCCCUGUCUAUACUGGGUGGUUCAUUCCUGUGCAGUGCCUUUAAAAGAAUCUCUAAAGCAAAACCUAAAGGGGCAUACUAUCCAAGUGCGCACCUAUAAGUCGGGAGUGGGGGAAAAAAAGGAAGAGGAGGAGAAACGCAGCCAGACCACUGGUGCCAUAUUGAAAUAUUUAGGGGCAUCAAAGGAAGCUGGAGAUUCAGGUACACAAAUUCCUUGUAAAUUAACAUUUUGCAUGGAAUCAUUAUAUACAAAAUGGCUAAUGCAAGAGCCUGUCACAUAACUUCUGUAGAGUUUUCUCACUGGUCAAUGUAGUUAAUGUUAAUUUAAAAAGAUAACUUUCGUGUCAUACUGUAUGGUAUUAAUGUUUCUAUGAGCAAAUAAUUUAUUGUUAAUUUUGUUUUUUGCGUUUUGUGUAGUUAAUAUAUUGUAAUUUGUUAAAGACUGUAUUGUGUUGUCAUUCUUGGGUGUGCCUGGAUCCGGGGUGGGGCCUUCAAGUAGGAUUUUGCUUAGGGCCCCCAUAUGGUCAGAAACGGCCAUGCACAACUGGAAUCAAAGAAAGCAAAUUUGGUAAAAAAACCAUGUUAACUCUUUGUACGAAAGGUGGGAUUUCCUUGCUUUCAUUGAAAGCACACAAAAUCCUCUUUGGAACAUUCUCAGAUAUUGCAGGCUAAAAUUUCUCAUCGGGUUUUGCACAAACUUGUGAAGGGGGGGGGCGUUCACAAGUUAAAAUCCACUGUAUUUGGGAAAUAGUUUAAUUCGUACAAGAAUGUACAGUAAUGCACUGACAUCGCAUUUUUUGUAAAUCACAUGUAAUGAACACUCAAUCAUGUUUAAGGUUCAUCCACACACUCAAGUAAUGACCGUAUGUGCACAAUGACCAUGGCUGGAUAUAAUCCAGUGCUAGAUAACAAUUACUUAAUCUCUCUUGUGAAGGUAAUCCAUCAUCAGCUUCAUAGGGUUUAACACUGCUGACACUGACAGGCUGGGAUUAUAACUGAGGCACUAUCAACGAUUAGUACCUUUAAGUAACUAUUCCAUUGAUUAGAUCUAUAUGUACUGUAUGUAUUCAAGCGUCCCUGUAUCCACCUACCUAUUUCUAUUCAUGCCUUAGAAUGGAUUAUGCCUUUAAAUUAUAAACAUUGCUGCCCAGUAGAGAAUUUAUAAUGUCUGUAUGCUAUCCUCUCUCAGCACUACUAAACUGUGAGUGUUUUUGCAUUUUUGCACUUUUCAUACAAAUGUCCAUAUUUCUCAACCAGUUGACAUACAAGGUUUUCAUCUCUAUCUGCAGUACUUGUUUGUCUGAUAUAUAUCUUAAGCUGUUUCCACCAACCGCAUAAUUUUCCUGAAAUCUUCAUCCAACGUGAGCUGUUUACACUCACCACAGACACAGUUCUUGGCACAUGACCUAGGUCUGACAAAGGAAGCGUGAAUUAUCGUGCCCAGAGGGUCAGUGCUUUGUAAUCUCCUCCAGUGCUGACCAAGGGGAACCAACCCAAUCCGCUCAUGCAGGUACAGCACCUGCAGGAAACAUGGCUGGGUAUGUGUCUGUGUCCAUCUGUAUAUUUGGGCGGGCUGGAGAAUGGGCGAAAGGGAUUGUAGCUGACCUGAUUAGUUGAUUAGGGCAAUACCUCCUGACAUCCUGGGUACAUAUACAGUAGCAGCUCCUCCCAACAGGUCACUGCUCUUUCUGUGUAUGUCUCCAGUCUCAGAUCUCACAAAAGUCGAAUCAUCACUACCAGACUUUAAGCAAUAAUGAGUCCAAAACAUGUCAUCUUCAAGAAAAUAUCCAAGGACAAGUCGGUGGGUGUGUACAUGGGAAAGAGGGACUUCAUUGACCGUGUUGACUCUCUGGAUCCAGUGGAUGGCGUCCUUCUGAUCGACCCUGAACAGCUGAAAGGGAAGAAAGCGUAUGUCACCUUAUCCUGCACGUUCCGAUAUGGACGCGAUGACAUGGACGUGCUGGGCAUCGCCUUCAGGAGGGAAAUCUACCUGUCCACCCGGCAGAUCUACCCACCUCUGCAGGACAAAGAUCAGGGCAUUCUCACCAGGGUACAGGAUAAACUACUGCGCAAGUUGGGUCACAAUGCCUACCCGUUUUUCUUUGAAUUCCCAGAUAACUUGCCUUGCUCAGUAGGACUGCAGCCAGUCCCAACUGAUGCUGGAAAGCAUUGUGCCAUUGAGUUUGAGGUGAAGGCCUUCUGUGCAGAGAGCCAGGAUGCCAAAGUUCGCAAACGGAGCUCAGUGCGUUUGAUGAUUCGUAAGGUCCAGUAUGCUCCAGAGAAGCCAGGACCAGCACCAUGUGUGAAAACCACUCGUGACUUUCUCAUGUCUGACAAACCACUGCAUUUGGAGGCAAGCUUAGAGAAGCAGACAUAUUACCACGGAGAACCUAUUAACGUACAUGUUAAAAUUAGAAAUGAUUCCAACAAAAAUGUGAGGAACAUCAUUCUUUCUGUGGAACAAAUCGCCGAUGUGGUGCUGUACUCCAGUGACAGUUACAUGAAGGCAGUGGCCACUGAGGACUCUGGGGACUCUGUUGACUCUGGUGCCAAACUGGACAAAGUCUAUGCUUUGCUCCCCCUACUGGCCAAUAACAGAGAUAGGCGGGGCAUUGCACUGGAUGGAAAACUGAAGCAUGAAGACACCAAUCUAGCCUCUUCAAGCAUCCUCAAAGAGGGUGUGCUGAAAGAGGUUCUGGGGAUUCUGGUGUCUUACAGAAUCACUGUGAAGCUGAUUGUUGGAGGGAUAAUGGGAUCCAGUGAGGUUGGGGUGGAGCUUCCUUUUCAGCUGAUGCACCCGAAGCCUGAUACAGAAUUGUCCUUUCCCUUUGAUGCCUCUUGAAGUGAAAGAAAGUGAAAUGGAGGAUGAAAUGGUGUUUGAAGAGUUUAAGCGCUCCUAUUUAAAAGGCAUGAUUGAGGAUGAGGAUGAGGGGAACAUUUCACAAGGCGAGCAAUGAGGAACACCUGUAGAAUUCACCAAGAAGCUGUCACAUCCUUAAAGCUGUUGCAAGCAACCAUAUAGAGGAGAUUACUGCAAUAGGGCACUACACUGGACUCCUUAACACUUUUUAGAAGAUAAAGUUGUAAUUAGCAAGGAAUUCCAAACUAGAGACCAGCUGUACUGUGGAAUGAUAUUUCCUCAGCUGCCUGAGCAAGACAAGGAUGUCUUGAUGUGGGUCAUGUAACUGAAUGAAUGGAGAGCUGCUUCUCACCAAACUGGAGUUUGGUGACUAUAGGUGACUAUAGCUGCUAAAAUAGUAUAAUGUCCUAGCUGUUGUUCCAGCUGUAAAACACAUUAUUUUUGUGAUGAUUAUCUUAAUUUUGAUUGCAAAAUUCUGAAUUUUAAUAAUACCUAAAGGAAAGGUUUAUAAAAGUUUGUAUUGUAAUAAAAUGCUAUGGCUAGAUGUUUAUUUACAUUCAUUGAAAAGAUAAAAAAGGGAGAUUUCCCUAACAGUAUAAUCUAUUUUACAAAGAUAAAAAAGUCUGGACUUAAAUAUACUUUUGAGUU